GUUCCCUCGACGCCAUGCCGCUGCUCAAGCCUCCGAGUGGUGAUGAGCAAGGACCCACGCAAUUUCUUGGCAGUUUGAGAUGUAGCAGUAAACAUUUUUACUAGAGAGAUGUUGCGGGUGAAUAUAUGUAAGCGCCCUUUCUCCAGCCGCAUAUACACUAGCACCCUUUCUAUCAAAUUGUUUGAGGUAUUGUGCACACAUUGUCGUGGUCUUCGAGUGCAGCCUAUGGCACAGGGUCCUGCAGGAGUGAUGCCGCCCUUCCCGUCUCUGUCCGCAGUUUUGAUUGAUCUCAGUGGGACUCUUCACAUUGAAGAUACUGUCGUGCCUGGAGCAGUUGAAGCCCUUAAAAGACUACGUGAGGUCAUUCCAUGUGUGAAAUUUGUGACAAAUACAACGAAGGAAUCAAAGAGGGUUCUGUUUGAGAGAUUGAUACAACUUGGGUUCAGCAUUGAUCAAUCUGAAAUCUUCACCUCACUCACAGCAGCACGUUCCUUGGUGGAAAGGAAAGAGCUAAGGCCUCACUUGAUGUUGGAACCAGAAGCAUUGGAAGAUUUUCAGGGAAUCCCAACUGAUAAUCCAAAUGCUCUUGUUGUUGGACUUGCACCUUCAUUGUUCAGUUAUGAACCCCUUAAUCAAGCAUUCAGGUUGCUUCUGCAUGGUGGGACAUUAAUUGGAAUUCACAAGGCACGAUAUUACAAGAGGAAAGAUGGACUAGCUCUUGGACCAGGUCCAUUUGUGACAGCAUUAGAAUAUGCAACUGGGGUGACUGCAGAGGUGGUUGGAAAGCCUGAGUCAUCAUUCUUCCUAUCUGCAUUGAAGGAGCUUGAUGUGAAACCUGAGAAUGCAAUUAUGAUUGGAGAUGAUGUGAAGGAUGAUGUGUUGGGAGCACAGAAGGCAGGACUCAUUGGUGCAUUGGUGAAAACCGGAAAGUACCGCCAUGGUGACGUGGACAGAUUUGGAGAGAAGCCCAACUAUGUUUUUGAAGACUUCCCUCAGGCAGUAGAAUUCAUCAUGCUGAAUAUGAGUAACACACAGCCUUCAUGAUGAAGUAAUGAAGAGGGAGUGGAUCUGGUCCUAAUUGAUGUCCGUUUAAGUCAGUUCCCAGC